AUUAAUUUUACAUAAAGAUAUUUUUAUACUAAACCUUAGUGUAUUUUCGUUUUAGCUCAAGUAUACGGUUUGACUAUAUUGAACCCGAAGUGUCAGCUGACAAGUCUCGUGAUAUCAGCUGGUGACUGGGUGAGGUAGCUGCUUCGUCUGAUCAUUACAGUAAGGGAUAGCUGAAGAUGCCUUUGCAGAAGAUUAAAGAUGAGGACAAGGAGUCCAAGUUUGGAUAUGUGUACGCUGUAUCCGGACCGGUCGUUACGGCCGAGAAGAUGUCCGGGUCAGCUAUGUACGAGUUGGUGCGUGUCGGCUACUUUGAGCUGGUAGGAGAGAUCAUUCGUCUGGAAGGUGACAUGGCAACUAUUCAGGUAUACGAAGAGACAUCAGGUGUGACGGUUGGUGACCCUGUAUUGCGGACUGGCAAGCCUCUGUCUGUGGAACUCGGUCCUGGUAUCAUGGGAAGUAUCUUUGACGGUAUCCAGCGACCCUUGAAGGACAUCAAUGAACUGUCUCACAGCAUCUACAUCCCUAAGGGAGUCAACGUUCCCGCUCUCUCCAGAACAGCCACUUGGGAGUUCAACCCCCUUAACAUCAAGACUGGAAGCCACAUUACCGGAGGAGAUAUUUAUGGAAUCGUCCACGAGAAUACCCUGGUGAAACACAAGAUGCUGCUGCCUCCUCGAGCUAAGGGAACAGUGACGUACAUCGCAUCCCCUGGCAACUACACUGUUGAUGAUGUUGUUCUGGAAACGGAGUUUGACGGUGAGAAGUCUAAGUAUACGAUGUUGCAAGUGUGGCCUGUACGUCAGCCCAGACCUGUGACCGAGAAGCUGCCAGCCAAUCAUCCACUGCUCACUGGUCAACGUGUGCUCGACUCUCUAUUCCCUUGUGUGCAAGGUGGUACCACGGCCAUCCCUGGAGCCUUCGGUUGCGGUAAAACUGUCAUCUCUCAGGCCCUGUCCAAAUACUCCAACUCGGAUGUCAUCAUUUACGUAGGAUGUGGAGAGCGAGGAAAUGAAAUGUCUGAGGUAUUGCAAGACUUCCCUGAGCUGUCUGUAGAGAUUGAUGGAGUCACGGAGAGUAUAAUGAAGCGAACUGCUCUGGUAGCCAACACCUCCAACAUGCCUGUCGCCGCCCGAGAAGCUUCCAUUUAUACAGGAAUCACACUGUCUGAAUAUUUCCGAGACAUGGGCUACAAUGUUUCUAUGAUGGCUGACUCUACAUCCCGUUGGGCCGAAGCCCUGAGAGAAAUUUCUGGACGAUUGGCAGAAAUGCCUGCUGACAGUGGUUACCCCGCAUACCUGGGUGCCCGUCUAGCCUCCUUCUACGAGAGAGCCGGUCGAGUCAAGUGCCUGGGAAAUCCCGAUCGUGAAGGCUCUGUCAGUAUUGUCGGUGCUGUGUCACCUCCUGGUGGUGACUUCUCAGAUCCCGUCACCUCCGCCACCCUUGGUAUCGUACAGGUCUUCUGGGGUCUUGACAAGAAAUUGGCACAAAGGAAACACUUUCCCUCCAUUAACUGGCUCAUAUCAUACAGUAAAUACAUGAGAGCACUAGAUGACUUCUAUGACAAGAGCUUCCCAGAGUUUGUACCCCUGAGGACCAAGGUAAAGGAAAUUCUGCAGGAGGAAGAAGAUUUGUCAGAAAUUGUACAACUGGUCGGCAAAGCAUCACUUGCCGAGUCCGACAAAAUCACUCUGGAAGUUGCCAGGCUACUGAAAGAAGAUUUUCUGCAACAGAACAGCUACUCUCCGUAUGAUCGUUUCUGUCCCUUCUACAAGACAGUGGGCAUGCUCCGCAACAUGAUUGCAUUCUUUGACAUGUCAAGGCAUGCCGUCGAGUCGACAGCACAAAGUGAAAACAAGAUCACCUGGAGUGUCAUCAAGGACGGCAUGGGCAACAUUCUGUACCAACUGUCGUCAAUGAAAUUCAAGGAUCCCGUGAAAGAUGGUGAGGCAAAGAUCAAGGCUGACUUUGAACAGCUGUACGAAGACAUCCAACAAGCUUUCAGGAACUUGGAAGACUAAAUUGAUCAAUUGCCUGAGGGUCACACUGGUGUCUAUGUGCCGGUGAAGGGUUAGAUUAGAUCAAAUCAGAGUUCAUCGAAUCCUACUGGUGUGACCUUUUCAUCGUUAUAGCAUUCCACUGUCACCAAUUGAUUCAUUUGUCAAAACCGAUAUUAUUUGUUUUAAACUAGUUUUUUUCACGCAUUUAAAAAGAUACUCUAUAAAUUUUAUGGCUUGUCCUCUGUUUUACAGUAUUAUUUGAGAUUUCUCAAAAAAAAAAAAUAGAAUUUGUAGUUAUGGGCUGUUAGUAUAUGCUUAUUUUUAUUAUAUACAUAAUGUUAAAUUAUCUUCUUUUAUUUUGCUUUUACUAUUUUAUUUUGACUGUACAUUUUCUCUCUUUUUGGUUGCUUUGUAUUAACGCACAUUUUAUUGUAUGUAUUUUCUCUCAUGAAACAUUCCCCUCUCUGUUUUGUGUGCGUCCCUUUCCUACUCAAUACAAGCAAUAAGUUCUGUUUUACCAGUUGUAUUUCCGUAGCUUGCCUAGAAAAUUAUAAGAUAUUUUUGUUUAAAGAUGUAACAGUUUUUAUUAUUGUUGCGCCAUAUACUGUAAGAUAAUAUUGAUGUUUUUAAUUAUUUAUCGUGGUUUUGGUGGUCAAGUGUAUAAUGUUUUUAAAUUCGUGUACAGCUUAAAAAGUGUUCAAGAUACAAUAAUUAGAAUUUACUAGGUGGAUUUACUAUAAUUAAUUGUAAACAUGUUGUGGCAUGCUUGUUUUGUGUGUACAAACCCGAGGAUUGUUUGACGUUUUGCAGCAAAGGAUUGUUGGGCAGAAUGUUACUCAAAAUAUUCAUCUACAAAUAUAAAUUAUUAUAUUUAACUUUCAAAAAUAGUUUUAAUUUUAAAUCGUUAAGUUUGCCUAAUUACACAUUUAUAUCAUGUAUAAAACAUUCCUAAUUAGAAAUGUUUAUUGAAUGUUAUUUUAUGUUACUACUACUAUCAUGUUGAUGUAGUUAAGGACAACAAAUGUAAAUGAACGUUAGAAAAUAAAAUUGUAGCGGAA